CAAGGGGAUCGCACAGGCCGCGCUCGCGUCUCCCAGUCUAGAUGGCUGCUUGGGAAGUUGCUGCGCCGUGGGAGGAUCAGCGCGUGCAUGAUUCUCGCGAAGAGGGUGCUGAGAUCUUCGCGGACUAUAUCGUCCAAUUGAAAAAUGAGAAGGUGCUGUCUGCCAAGCAGGCCUGCCUGCUGGCCCACUGGGCAACCAAGGCGGGCGUUGUCGGCUUCGUCAAUGAGCUCGCCAUGGAGCCGACCGAGAAUCGGCAAUCGGGACACUGGACCCGCCAUUGGGACACAGUGAUGCGAUCGCGGGCUUCUGAUGAACACUACUUGGAUAUGAACGUGCCCAUGUCAAAUCGUUCUGACCUUUCGAGGGUGAUGGUCGACAUGCCGACAACGCCUCCCCACGUGGCAGUCCACGAGGAGGCCGAGAACGCGCCCGACAUCAAACAGCGCCUCCAAGAUGCAAUCGACCUUGGUAUCUUGCCUCCCGUCUACGCAGAGCACCCUGUGGUUACAGGAGCCCCAAACGGCGUACCUGUUUUCCCUUUGGCGGUCUACACGGACGGCGUGGCUUUCACCAGGACCGAUUCUGUCAUCGGCUUUUACGUCUAUAACAUCGUAACACGGGUCCGCCAUCUGUGCGCAACAAUCCGCAAGAGCGAUGCUUGCAAAUGCGGGUGUCGCAUGUGGUGCACAAUAUACGGCGUGUUGUCGAUGCUUAAGUGGUCGUUUUUAUCAAUGCAGAAUGGAAGGUGGCCAGAUGCGCGCCCAGAUGGUUCCGCGUGGGGGCCCUCUGACGAGGGCGAGGCUUCUUGCGCUGGCACACAGUUUGGGUGGCGAGCCGUCCUGUUGUUCUUGAAAGCAGACUGGAGCGAAAACGUUGGGACGAUGGCUUUUGCUUCGUGGCAAUCUACGGACUGCCCUUGCCCGAAGUGCGACUGCACUCGCGACACUUGGGACAAUUUCCUCGGCGUCAGCCCGAUGGGCGCGCCAUGGUCCACUCUGACCGUUGAUGACUACGACGCAGAAUGUCGGGCGUGUGAAUAUGACAGAGUUGUUACUGAUGCUGAUUUUCCAAGGUUGCGCGGCAAUCUAUUCUUCGACAAGCGCGAGCAAGGCAACCGAGGCAGAUGCUUAGAACGUGAUUUCGACACCUUAGGCUUGAAGAAGGGUGAUCGCAUGGAACCUUGGCCCGAACUACCGACCACGAAUGACUUUGACAUUCGCCCGAAGCCCCUACAUGUUCGUUUUUGGAGGCGGAGUAAUGAGCGCCACGCAAGGCAUCGCAACCCCCUGAUAUGCAAUGAAUUGUAUACGAGCCCAUCGCAUUUAGUUGAAGACUGGCUCCAUUGCUUUUCGCUCGGUGUGUUCCAAUUCUACAACAUAGGUUGGCUGAUCCAUACCAUCAUAGAAGAGAAUUGCUUCAGGAUGCCUGGGACUACUCAGCCUGAGAUCGCGCAUGGCACCGUGCAGCUUACCAAAUCUAGAACCAUGGCCUGGUAUGGGCAGGAGGAUAGAGCAGGCAGGCAGAGGAACAGAAUUCAGGACCUGACAGUCGGCAUGCUGAACACGAAAUCCGAGGGCAUAUCUUUGCACGGUGGUGAAACGAAUGAUUUCCUCGUCUUCUGCGCCGAAGUAUUGGUGCAUGAGGUUCGGGAUCCGUUGCCAGAUUUUGAGACAGCCAAAGAUUGUGGGAACGCAUUGUGCAAUAUGUUGUCAUUGUUCCGCCGCUCCGACAAGAAGUGGGGCAUUCCAGAGGCGCAGGACCGAUGGGCGCAGUGAAGUUUGCAGGCAAGGCCGAAAGCACGU